UCUCACUUCUUCCGCCUCUUACCCUAAGACACUCCGCGUCCUUCUCCUCCUUCCAGAUCCGAUUCAAAGGGGAGCGGUUCCUCUGCAGCUUGUUGCCCAUCGGCCAUGGCUCUCCUCGUGGAGAAGACGGUCUCCGGCAGGGAGUACAAGGUGAAGGACAUGUCCCAGGCCGACUUCGGUCGCCUGGAGAUCGAACUCGCCGAGGUGGAGAUGCCCGGCCUCAUGGCUUGUCGCCUUGAGUUCGGCCCUUCCCAGCCCUUCAAAGGCGCCAAGAUCACCGGAUCCCUCCACAUGACAAUCCAGACGGCCGUCCUCAUCGAGACCCUCACCGCCCUCGGCGCCGAGGUCCGCUGGUGCUCCUGCAACAUCUUCUCCACUCAGGACCACGCCGCCGCGGCCAUCGCCCGGGACAGCGCCGCCGUGUUCGCCUGGAAGGGGGAGACCCUCCAGGAGUACUGGUGGUGCACCGAGCGCGCACUCGACUGGGGCCCUGGCGGUGGCCCUGACCUCAUCGUCGACGACGGCGGCGACGCCACGCUCCUCAUCCACGAGGGUGUCAAGGCCGAGGAGGAGUACGCCAAGUCGGGCAAGCUCCCGGACCCCGCAUCCACCACGAACCAGGAGUUCCAGAUCGUGCUCACCCUCAUCCGCGAUGGCCUUAAGACCGAUCCCAUGAAGUACCACAAGAUGAAGGAGAGGCUGGUUGGUGUCUCAGAGGAGACCACCACCGGUGUCAAGCGGCUCUACCAAAUGCAGGCCAACGGCACGCUUCUGUUCUCUGCCAUCAACGUCAACGAUUCCGUCACCAAGAGCAAGUUCGACAACUUGUAUGGAUGCAGACACUCGCUGCCUGAUGGGUUGAUGAGAGCUACGGAUGUGAUGAUUGCCGGCAAGGUUGCCGUAGUCUGUGGCUACGGAGAUGUUGGCAAGGGCUGUGCCGCUGCGCUUAAACAGGCCGGCGCUCGUGUUAUCGUGACAGAGAUUGACCCCAUCUGUGCUCUCCAGGCGCUUAUGGAGGGUCUCCAGGUGCUUACCCUCGAGGAUGUUGUCGCUGAAGCUGAUAUCUUCGUUACCACCACUGGCAACAAGGACAUCAUCAUGGUGAAUCACAUGAAGCAGAUGAAGAACAACGCCAUCGUCUGCAACAUUGGUCACUUCGACAACGAAAUCGAUAUGCUCGGACUGGAGACUUACCCAGGCGUCAAGCGUAUUACCAUCAAGCCCCAGACUGACCGCUGGGUCUUCCCCGAGACGAACACUGGCAUCAUCGUUCUGGCUGAGGGUCGUCUCAUGAAUCUUGGCUGCGCCACCGGACAUCCCAGCUUUGUCAUGUCCUGCUCCUUCACUAACCAGGUGAUAGCGCAGCUUGAGUUGUGGAAGGAGAAGGGCACUGGCAAAUAUGAGAAGAAGGUCUAUGUGUUGCCGAAGCACCUAGAUGAGAAGGUUGCAGCUUUGCACUUGGGCAAGCUCGGUGCUCGACUAACCAAGCUCACCCCCGAGCAGGCCGACUACAUCAGCGUCCCUGUUGAGGGUCCCUACAAGCCACCGCACUACAGGUACUAGGCAGUCGCGGAGAUGCUACUUAUCGUUUAUGUCUUACAAUGGCAAUUUCUGCUUUAUCCUAGAGGCCUUUUUUGGGCCAGUUUGAGCUUUCUUUUUUACUUUUCUUUUCCGGUGGGAGGGGGAUUUACUCUUUUUUGUGGAUGAUGUGGAGAGAGAGAUAGAGAGAGAGUUCCCAAUAAGAAUGUGGAGAGGGAUGAUUUAUUUGUUGCUGCAGAUCUGCAACAGAGGUAUUUGACUGUGAAAUACAAGCAUCAUCUACUAAAUUUCA